GGCAAUAAUUUAUUCCUUAUGACAUUUCCUAUUUUUCUAUGUAUGUACUUUUUCUUCUUCUUCUUCUUCUUCUUCUUCUCAUCUCUUCCAUACAUUGAAUGUAAUUUGAUCUUGCAUAGAUCUUAAAGAACCCAAUUCAACUUGAAAACGGCGUACUUACGCGUUGUCGUUUAGAGAAUAUUCACGUCAACUCCAUACGUGUCGUUUCCAUCUCUAAUUUCAAUCUCAUCACAACUAGGUUUUCAGGUUUGCGUUCAACAUUUGGAGGUAUACAAUUGGUCCAUUCUGUGAUGAAUUUCACAAAUUCAGGUCCAAGUUCAAUAUUUUAGUUCAAUUCAGAUUCUGGGUCUGUGUAAUUUUACAUAUUUACAUUUUAGGGUUAAGUAGUUUGACUUGGUAUGUGGUGAUGAAUUUGACAAAUUAAGGUUCAAGAACAAGUUUUUAGUUGAAUUCAGAUUCUGGGUCUGUGAAAUUUUAGAUUUUUACAUUUUAGGGUUCAAGUAGUUUGAUUUGGUGUUUGGUGAUGAAUUUGACAAAUUGAAGUUCAAGAUCAAGUUUUUAGUUGAAUUCAUAUUCUGGGUGUGUGAAAUUAUAGAUUUUUACAUUGUGGGUGUAUAAAGUGAUUUGGUGUAGUGUGUGUUAUGGGUGCUAAUUUUUCAUCAUGUGUAUAUGAUGAUGGGGAUUCUGGUUCUAUGAGGCCAAGGCUUGGGGAUAUACCAGAGAGUUGUGUGGCAUUGGUGUUGAUGUAUUUGGAUCCACCAGAUAUAUGUAAGUUAGCAGGAUUGAAUAGAGCAUUUCGUCAUGCUUCUUUUGCUGAUUUUGUUUGGGAAUCGAAAUUGCCUUUGAAUUAUAAGUUUAUAGUGGAAAAAGCUUUUGAGGAUGAUAUUGGUAGUUCUGUUGCUGAAUUGGGGAAGAGGGAUAUUUAUGCUAGACUUUGCAAGCAUAACUUGUUUGACAAUGGAACCAAGGAAAUUUGGCUGGAUAAGAGGACUGGUGGGGUUUGUAUGGCAAUUUCUUCCAAAGCGUUAAGGAUUACAGGGAUUGAUGAUCGUAGAUAUUGGAAUCACAUUUCAACUGAAGAGUCAAGGUUCCAUACAGUUGCUUAUCUUCAUCAAAUUUGGUGGCUUCAAGUGGAAGGAGAUAUAGAUUUCCAAUUUCCACAAGGAACAUACAGUGUCUUCUUCAGACUUCACCUUGGCAGGUCAUCCAAGAAGCUCGGUCGUCGAGUUUGUAAGACCGAGCACAUCCAUGGAUGGGAUAUAAAACCUGCAAAGUUUCAGCUUACAACUUCUGAUGGUCAACGUGCUGUAUCACACACUCAUUUGGAUAGUCCAGGACACUGGAUCCUCUACCAUGUAGGAAACUUUGUUUCUAAGAAUUCUAAUGAUUUAAUGAAUAUCAAGUUCUCAUUGACUCAAAUAGAUUGUACUCAUACCAAAGGUGGUUUGUGUGUUGACUCUGUGCUUAUAUGCAAUAGUAGUGAUGUAAGAAAAGAAGUGUAAAUUGUUUUUGUAAGUAGGAAAGCGCUGGUCACCUGAGUCGACUUAGCGUUAGUCGACUUAGCCAGUUAGCAGUCGGUCGGUUUUGGUCGCAAGGGGAGUGGAAAUGAUAGUUCCAAAUAUAUCUCACAAAAAGCUUCCCAAUGUAAAUGUUUUGUUUCUUGGAUAAGAUCAUGUUUCAAGUGU